UAUUAUAUGAUAUUAGUUUGUGUUUUUUUUUUUUAUUAACAUGUUAUAACAUAAUGAUCAAUCCGUGAUUUAUAACAAUUGGAUUUUCAAUUAACAACAUGAACUUAUAUUUAAUUGUUGUUAAACGUGCUUCUUCAUACAAAUUAAUAGAUAAGACCUAUUAACAUAUUGGAACUUAUAUUAAAAAGGCUACAGAGUCAAACAAUAAAACAUCAUGGCGACCGAAGUAGGAUCGGACAUCGCACUUAUACAAGAUGAGGAUAUGUUACGGAAAAUGUGGCAACAAACCGAGGAUUUCGGUAAGAAGAAAGAGAUACGUAUGAGAAUGUAUAAACUUCGAGAACAACGGCUUAAAGAGUUUUAUACGACAGGAGAAAUGAUUCAAACAGAAACAACAUCUAAACGCUCAUCAACCAGAACGCAUACUGAAUCUAUUACGGACCAAGGAUUCAUGACUAUGAAAACUAAAGAGAUCCGGGAUUCUGAAUCUCCGACAGAAGACUAUCAACGACAAUCAAAUACAAACAAAAAUUAUUAUGUUUCGUCGAAAAUUGAUGAAUCAAGUGGUAAUAGGGGAAUAGUUGAAAUAGAACAGACCAGCUCUUUAAAACCAAAUGAAGAGUAUUCUCAAAAUACAUUGCAAACAUCCACGUCUAGCUCUUCGUCAACUAAAUGGGAAUCAUCGCAGACUACUAUUUCUGUAUCAGAAGAAGUUCAAAAAUCUGAUGUAAAUUUGAGUUCCAAAUUUAUCGUCAACGAACAAAAUAACGAAGAUGGUCAGUUGACAUUUGAUAUGUCAUAUAAUAAUUCAGACAGCUCAAAUAUUGAUAAUAAGGUAACUAAAUCCAUAUCUACUACAAACUUGGACAAUAUUAAACGAUCUGAUAAUAAUCAAUAUUCAAAUAACCAUCAAAAAGUUGUAGAAACUUAUACAUCCAACGUAGAACAAUUUGAGCCUGUAUCAGAAAAUAUAUCGAAUAAAGACAGUAAUUCUAUAGAAAAUACAUACAUCUCAAAUAUUUCAUCAAACAAGUCCGAAAACGUUGAGAUGGUGACAGAUAAUAAAAUUAUAAGCGAACUUCAUAAACUGGACUCUUAUUUAUCCACUCAACAGUCAACUACAGAUUCUUCUACUAAGUCAAAUUCGAUAGUUUCUAAUGAUGAUAACAUAGCUAAGAAAGUUGAUGAUAAAAUUAUUGAUACAUCAAAAGAAAAUAUUGAAGGCCAAUAUAUCACCACCCAUCAACAUUCAUACCAGCCACCUAGGAUUAGUGUUGAUUUAAGUCCAUCACAUGAUGCUUUUGCUAGGAGCUUACGAUCAACUCCGGAAAGAUCUAGUCCAUCACCUUCCAGAGAACGUAUAAGUCCAGAGCGUAGGUUUAAAUCCGCGAGUCCUGAAAAGUAUAGAGGAUCGCCAGAGAAAUCAGGAAGUCCUUCUAGAUCACUAAAUUACUCUACAAGAAGAAGAUUGUCAUCCACACAUACAAAAGGUUUAUCAAAAAAACGAUCUAUUACUCCCACUAGAGGUGAAAAAUACGACUCUUCGGACGAUUCUGAUUGUUCUGGUGCAACUCAUGGCACUUAUGAUAAGUAUAAAGACUGUGAUGCUAAAAAAUCCUUGUUUAAAGAUGAAAAGAAAAUUACUUCAACAUCAAAGUAUGGUCAAAAAUCCUCAUCUACUAGCCCAAUACGAAGAGAAAAAUCUCCUGGAUACAGCAGUGAAGGUUCAGUUGGAAAAGAAGUAAGAAAGUCUUCGUCCAAAGAGAAAAAUAGUUCACAUGAAAGUAGCCCUGAAAGAAGUGCGUUUAAACCAGUAAAUAAUUACAAAACACUUAAAACCCAACAAGUUACUCUUAGUAGUAAAAUAAAUCACAUAACACAGGAAGAUAAUGUAAACAUAAACAGUAAUAAUUCGAAAAAUAAAAUAAAUGAGGAAAAAAAAUUAAUAAAAGUUAUAAAACCUGAAAUCGAUAAUGAUUUAAAUGAAAAAGAAAAUGAAAAUACAGAACGAGUAACAAAGAAUACUGAAAAUAAUAUCUUAAAUUCAAAAAACAAGUCCAUUCAAGAAAAAUUCAUCACAGAAGAACAAGCACGUACAUCCUUUGAGCGAGUGAAUACUGAAAAAAUAACAACAUCUCCAAGAGAGAAAUCACCUCCAAAGAGUAUUAAGAAGGAAAAUAAAACACACCAAGAAGAAUUUAUAGAAAAUGAAAAAUCAAAAGUAGCUAACCAGAGCAAAAUCAUUAAUGAUGUCAUAACAAUACAAUCUAAAGAAAAAUCACCAGUAAAAGAAGUUACAAAAGAUACUAAAACAUACCCAAACGUAAAGUCUCCGGAAAAUAUAUCAUACGUGUCUGACAUUAAAUCUGUCACACCUUCUAAAAAAACAAUAUCAGCUUUGCCUUCGUCGAUACCUUCAUCAAUUAAGAAAGUUGUACCUUCGACUUUAGAAAAAACUCCAUCUAAAAAAGCCCUUUUACACAAGGAUUCAAAAGACAGUUUAUCAAAUAAAACUGUUAAAAAAGACCUCUCUAGAGAAAAAAUGGAUAUUAAAAUUACAAGAACUGAUAGUAAGACUUUGAUACAUAAAAAUUCAAAAGAACGUAUUACACCAAAAACGGUUGUUAAAAAGCCCAGUCAAGAGUUAUUAGUAGACAAAAAAACUACAAUAUCAUCUAGACAAAAAAUUACUAGUCCAGAAACUAAUACAAAGGCACUGGACACAAUAAAAGUUCUCGAGAAAAAAGACUCAAAAAAAAAGCUUAAACCUUCAAUUAGUCCACAAUCUUCUCAAAAAAAGUUAGGUGUAGUAAAAUCAAUUACUGAGACAAGAACAGUUAUAGAUUCUAAAAAAACUACAGGAAACAUAAAUUCUAAGAGAAUCCAUUCUUCGAAUGUAACCAAACCCCAAACCCAUACUUCGCAAAAGCCUGAUUUAAAUGAAACCCCAUCUAAAGUAACAAAACCAUAUACCAAAACUAUCUCAACCUCAACUAUAUCUAAACCUCAAAUCAAAAAAACGACUUAUUCCAAUUCAAAUAGAAAUACAAAAGUAGAAAUAACUAAAAAUGUAGAACAAAAAUCAAAAGAUUUAGAGGAUGAAUUGCCUCCUGAUAAUUUUGAAAGUGAUACUGACUUAGACGAUUCUACCAAUAAACCAAAAUAUAUUAAAAAUACAUCAUCCAAUUUAUCAACGUCUUCUUCAUUUUCGGAAGAAGAGGAUGAAGACAGGGAAGAUUUACGAAAAAUUCAAGAUAUCGAUAGUAUAAGAAUUGAAGCUGAAGAAGAAUACGGAAAAAAAAUGACAAACAAAGAUACAUCAUUAAAUGUUAUUGUUCAAUUACCCCCAUCGUCUAGAGAAUCAUCGCCUGAGUAUUCAGCGAGAUUUGGCCAGCCAUAUUGUUCAGUAUCAGAUGAUGCAAGUUUGCCUAGAUAUGCUGAUGUUGUAAGUGAACCAGAAGAUACCAAUGAUUACAAUUUACACAGUAACAGGUAUGAUGUCGUAACAGAUUUAGAUGAGGAAUGUAGCGUUACAGUUGCUGACAGAGUUACAAAGUUUUUGAAUAAUGUCAACAAGCAAGAAGAAAUACAAAAAACUGAAAAAACUACGGAAAUACCUCAGAGUCCUCAAGCAGUAAAAAAAACCAAACAAAUAUUUGAAUCCAUUGCAAAAGGCGAAAUUGAGGAAACCGAAAAAAAUGACGUAAUCAAAUCAGAAACAAUGAAUAUUGAAACUGAAGAAAUUCAUGAUUUGCCAAAAACUAAUAACACUUCAUCUUCUCUUUUGACAAGAAAAAUWUCUGGUGCAUCUGAUUAUAAAACGCGAAAAGACUUCUUUGAGAAUAAAAAAUCGAAUGGCGUAUCCGAAAAAGUUACACAUUUAACCCCCACUAAAAUAACAAGAUCUUCAUCGAUAAAAGACAGACGUGCAUCGUUCGAAACCAAGAUUGAUAAAAAAAUACCGUUAAAAGACAAAACCAAUGUACCAAGAUCAAAAUCACCAGAGUCUAAAAGUAGCUCUCCUGACCAAACCAUCAAAACUCCAAUAAAAAUAAGCAAGACAGAAACAUUCGACGUUAAUAAAGUUGAAGAAUUAAAUAGAGCUAGAAGACUAUCGGGAUCAAAAAGUGUGAAAGAUAGAACAGCUACUUUUGAAAAGAAUGAACCAACUCAAAACUCGUACAAGGAAAAUAAAACUACUUUUAGACACCAUGUGUCAAGCACACCUUUAAAUACAAGUAAAAGAUCAGAAACACGCAUUAGGUCAGCCACGGUAGCUGAUACUAAAACUGAAGAUCGUGUGUUAACUAAAAGAGUCAGAAGUCCAGAAAAACCAUCAACUACGGAUUCAAUAGUUAAAGCCAAUGAGAGUACAAUCAGAACAGUGCCAUCAAAAAGUCCCGAUAGAAAAAUCAAUGAAACUCCAAAAAGAAAUAGCACGGCUAAAAGCCCAGAUAGAAAAAUCACUGAAACUCCAAAAAGAAAUAGCACGGCUAAAAGCCCAGAUAGAAAAAUCACUGAAACUCCAAAAUCGAAUAGGACCGCUAAAAGUCCUGAGAGAAAUGUAUUAAUCAAUACAAUAGAUGAGACUAGUGGAAAUCAAUUUUCACGAGAUACGAUUUCAUCAUCAUCCAGACAGCGAGCCACUAUCACCACUGCUAAAACUGAAUUUGGAGUAACAAUGAAAAAUACAACAACGCCAAAAACUACAUUAACAACAACUAAAUCAAUUUCCGUCCAUAACGCUGAUGACGAAAAUCAGAUAGAAGAAAUAUUUGAUUUACACAUUUUAGAGAUUAUGCUUGAAAAAGCAGUUGGUUACGACCGCAGAAGACGAAUAAGAGCACAAAUUCGAAUAGUGAAACGUCAGUUAGAGACAAAUACCGGAAAGGCAACCAAUACUACAACAAAAAACUUUCAAGAUGUUUUGCCAACCAAGACCCAAAAACAAAAUAACGUUACUGCACAAAAAACCGAGUACGUUAAAAAGGCUGAAACUAAAAAGGAAAGAAGUGUUUCACCACAAAAAUCGUAUGCAAAUCCAAUAGGUAAUUACAGAUCUCCUUCGCCUCAAAAGACUCUUAGGUCAGUUGUGGAAACUCAAACACCAUUACCUACACAAAAAAAUGAAAAAACUGUUCGAGCAAUUGAAAAUGAACGAUCUCCUUCGCCUCAAAAAACUGUGAAAUCAGUCGAAAAAGUUCAAUCUCUUUCAUCUCAAAAAAUAACUCCAAUUGAAAAAGUCCGAUCUCCUUCACCUCAAAAGAGUUCUUCAAAUGAAAAAGUCAGAUCUCCUUCUCCAAAAAAGAAGUCUGUGGUCCAGCAACAACAAGAUUCACGAAUCGACCAAAAUGAAAAGUUUUCUCGAAACACAACUAUCACCUCAACGACAGUCACUAAAACUACAAAAGUCAAAAGUGAACAAGUCAGCAGCAGAACAAACCUUUAUCAAGAACAAAACGUUACUGAUUCAAUUACUUCUAGCUACGGUGUAGGUCCCACCGACGACAAUGGUAGACCGUUGUUCGGAUUGAGAGCUCUCAGGAAAACAAAUAAUGCCAAUCAAUCGGUUGUGAGUGAGAACGAUUCGUCGUCAUCCGUCCGCUGCGAAGCUGAAUCACUCAACACUCAGAUUUCUGACCAAAAACAUAGAUCGUUCGGUCUCAAAGCUCUACAAUCCGAGAACACAUAUACGGUUCAUGAGUCAUCGAGCACUGUGCACCAAACAGUGUCCGGUCAAAAAGGCGGUGUCGAUCAGUUGAUCACCGACCAUAAGGGUAAACCGCUGUUCGGCCUGAAAGCGUUGCAAAGCAUCGGCAAAAACGAAGAACCUAUUUACGACGACAUGCCGGAACCGCCGGUAUCCCCACAGCUAAAGGAUCUGGUGCUCAAGCACGAAAAACACGCAAAAGAGAGUUCCAAAUUAGACUCACAACCUAGGCAAAAACCAAAAGCAAAAUUUAGAGAUAGUUUUAUACUUGAUACGAAAGAUGAGGGUUUGUAUUCAACUUUUGAAGAAAAUGGAUUUACAGACCCCAACGAAAUUACUUCGUUGCGUUCGACUAUUAAAAAAACAGAAGAUGAUCAAAACAAUGAAACUAUAAUUAAAAGUAAAAGUCAAUCGACAGUUUUUCAAUCAAAGAGUGUAAUGCGUUCCGAUGGAUCUGGAAAUGUUUCAGUCACACAAGAUUUCUUGAAAGGUGAAUUGUCAUCUGUGAAUGAACAAGAACCAACAGGAAAACUGACUCGAGGACAUUACACCUAUCAGAGCCCAGAUAAUUUAGAUCCCAAAAAAGGCAUUGCUAAAGUCACAACAGUCACAACAGAUAUUGGAAAAGACACUGGUCCCCAAAUUACUGAAAUUACCGAAGAGUUCAGUGACAAUGAUCGAGUUGACGGAAACAAAGUAGUAAAAAGGAGCCGAACCAAUGACAAAUUUGAAAAUAUCCAGAAAAGGUUUAGCCAAGAAAGUUUUAAUCAAGACAGCAGGCGUUCAUCCAAAGAACUGAAUGGAAAUGAAAAACCUGAAGAAUCGCCACAGUCUACUCCAAGAUCAAGUUUGGUGCGCGGAGAUUCAAUCAAGGCGCUUCAACAUAAAUUUCAACAAGCCACCGUUUCAUCUAGUUUGAAACAGAACAGAACUACUAAAUCUGAUGUGUCUAGUAGUUCACGAAAAGUUGAAGAAAAAACAGUAACAACUAAAGUGAAUUCAACAAAAAAUAGUGGAACUACUACAUCCUUCCUCGACAAUAACUCAAGAGUGACUGGUGUACAAGAUGUCUUAACCAGAAUGCGAAAUGCUGAUCUUGUUGUAGAAAAUGGUGAUACCAAUGAAGACAUUGAAGCCCGAGCUCUGCUUAACAAAUUUUUAGGUGCUUCAGUCAUCCUUCAUGGAAUGGAACAAGGAAACAAAUCCCCUACUUCCAAUAAUUCUACUACAAGUAGUGCUGCACUUGUUAACCAAGUUGAAAAACAAAGAGCACAGAAAUCUCCUGUGAUUAGGAAGAACCUUAACGAACAAGAACUCGAUAAUAUUUGGGACGAAAAACAAUUACAAAUUUUGUUGGAAUCUUGCCCAGACUACGAUCAAAGAAGAAAAAUCAGAGCCAGGUUAAGGCAAAUCAUGGCAGAACAUAAAGCGUGUACGGACGUCGUCGAACUGGCUGCCCUAACGGACAACACCACGAGCAACGGAAAAAACGAAGUUACUGAGACGAAUUCGACGAGCGUGUCCAGCAAAACCGGAAAUGGAUCGUAUGUAAAAACUGAAGUGCAUACUAGGACAACAACUUCUAGUAACCGUCUGACUAAAGCAAAUAGCGUUAGUUCUUCACCGUUUGCCAAGUUCCAGCAACUCGAGCGCCAGAACUCGGCUCCAAACUCACAAACGCGUCCUUGCUAUAAAUUCACCGAUCCCGCCCUGGCGCGGAGCGCUUCGUCAAUCAAAGAUCGCCUACUCAACUGGGUUAAAGCUCAGACGAAGGAAUAUAAGAACCUCCAAAUAACUAAUUUCUCAACGUGUUGGAGUGAUGGCCUUGCGUUCUGCGCCCUCAUCCACCAUUUUUACCCGGAAGCAUUCGACUACGAUAAACUAACACCCGAAAAGCGAAGAGAAAACUUCGAAAUUGCAUUCAAAGUAGCCGAGGACGAAGCCGGCAUCGCGCCGCUUUUGGACGUCGAAGACAUGGUCGUCAUGCGAAAACCCGACUGGAAGUGCGUUUUCACAUAUGUGCAGACGUUCUACCGGAGGUUCCACAAUGAUCCUCGAUCUGUCAAACCUUCGUACUUCGAAUGAUAAUAACGCGUCCUGUUUAAUCAUGCAGCUACGUUUUUGAAUGCAGUUCGCUAAAAUUCUUUACUAUUUUAUAGUUUUUAUUCAAAUUUUUAUUAUAAAAAAAAUUAUCAUUAAUCGUCUCGUACCCCUUUUAAUACUUGGUUGAUUCGUCUAUUCGAUUGAUCAACGUAUAGGAACGAUUCGUACCUAUAUAAUAUUUAUAUAUGUUACAUGUUAAAUUUUUAUUUUUUAUUUUUGCUGUACCUACGAUGUUGUACCUACCGAUCUAAAAUUAGGUAUUUUCUGUUAUACCCACAUAUUUUAACUAUAUUUUGGUAGAUUACUAAC